AUGGCUCUGUCUCGACGUUUGGUUUGGGCUUUGUCCCGUCACUGGUCGACCAUUUGUCGCAUCUAUUCGACCACCAGGACAAAUCCCAACCUCAACAACAGCGACAAUAACAGCACGAAGAAGGGCCCUCUGUCCGGUGUCACCGUUGUCGGUCUGGAGCAGGCCAUUGCAGCUCCCUUUUGCACACGUCAACUGGCCGAUCUGGGCGCCCGAGUCAUCAAAAUUGAGCGUCCCGGGGUCGGCGAUAUCUGCGCCGAAAGCUACGCCUACUCAAGUAUCCUGGCUGCGCUGUUCGAGCGGGAAAAAGACCCCGCUCGUCGUGGGUGGAGUAUCGAUAUCUCAAUGCUGGAGUGUAUGGUGGAGUGGAUGGGAUUCCUCUUGUACUAUGCCUUUGAGGGUCAGGGAGGCCCCAAGCCUGCAGGAGCAUCACAUGCUGCAAUCUAUCCAUGUGGACCGUUCGAGGCGAAACAGGGGAUAGUGAUGCUGGGGAUCCAGAAUGAGCAGGAGUGGGCGAACUUUUGCAAGAUAGUGUUGGAGGAGUCUGGACUGACGAUUGAUGAGUGUUUCUGUAACAACACGCUGCGACCCAAGAUUCGGGUCGCGCUUAAGGAAAUUAUCUGUGGGAAACUUGCUCAGUACUCAGCGGAAGAGGUAUUGAAAAAGUUUGGAUACGGCUGGAAUUGCUAA